AUGGUUAGGCAGCUCGCACGAGCUUUCCUCCUCGGCCUCGCCUUCUUCGCCGCCGCCAUCCAAGCUCAGACCUCCAGUCAGUUCGGCUCCUUAUUCUUUUCUUUUUUCAAAAGCUUUUCUUAUGAGUUUGAUAUCCGGUUAAUGAUCUAUUGGAUGAUGAUCACGAGGAAUCGAUCGUAACAGAACUUUUACAUAAAUUUUCCCGUUUCGAAAAGUCUUGAAACUUUUUAACAAGUGAAAAACGGCCGGCAGUUGUAUUAUAUGGCUUUUGAGACUCUUUGCGAUUUCUUCCAUAGAACUCAGUUAUAGGUUUUGGUUAAUAAAUCGGUUUAUUCUGAGAAUUUCAUUGACGACUCCAGCAAUCCGGGUGAAAUCCAUUAUGAAUCCAUUAGGAACUUUUCUUGCGAAUUUUUUCGCUACCGCCGAAAAUAAUGUGCACCUCUUCUGAAUGAUGGCUGUUUAUUUCUAAAAUGGAUCUUCUCCAAGUUGGCUUUAUCAGGUUUGCCGGUUAGAAAUAACCCUUGGGUUAUUUGAUUCAUAUGUGAUUCUGUGGAAAGGACUUCCUAGGAAUCAAAACAAAGUUCAUUCUCCUCAUGGAAGUUGGUGACAGAUCAUAUUUGCAAUUUAAAAAUACUUUUCAGGUCUAUUUUUCAUAAUUUUUUUUACCGGGCAUCCAGUAUUUUGGAAUAUGCAUGGAUUUGUUUUGCAGGAUCCCAGUCGACAGUCAUCGCCGAUUUGGGCAAGUUGAUCGUCGACAACUGUCCGCCGAUGCUCUGCACAGGCCUCGACUGCGCCGUCGUCACCGAAAGAAACGGAUGCCAGGUCAGAUACUUUCUUUUUUUUGGUGAGCACUGAAGAAUGUGGAGAAACGGCCUGCAAGUAAAUGAGCACUCAGAAAAACUGCCGUUCGUUUCGCAGAAAUACUUUUCUCGCGUUUAAAUAUGUUGGAAUUAUUUCAUUUGGAAAAAUUAAUAUUGAGUGAAAAGGGCCUGACACGGGUGGUCAUUGUCAAAUUAGUUGUGUCUCAAACUUCUUCUGGUGUUCAUUUUCUGAAACAUCGCUGUUUUCCGACCGAUUUCCAAUUAAAUCAAUUUAUCUUUUUCUGAAUCUAUUUUUGGAUUUUCAUCUCGAAAAUGAUUAUAAUGAUGAGGUUAAUUUUUUUUUUUUUGCAUUCCUUUCCUCAUAUCUGUUUUGAAAUCUUAAUUCACGCUCGACUUCCUGUUCCGUUACUCUAUUGGUUAAUUACUUCAAAAAAAUUAGAGAAAGUUUUUCAAAAAAAUUUGAUUGAUUUGAUAAUAUUUAUCAUAGAAAUAUUUGCUGAAAUAAGAAACUGUACAGAAACUUGAACUUUCAAAUGUUCUGCCAUUUUAAGUCGCUCUUUCUUAAAUUCAGAAUUUUUUCCUGAUAGUUCUGUCUUAUCAACCAAGAUAGACGAAGGCAGACGAGCUGCCAUCAUCUCGGCCUCUUGUAAGCGAGUCUUGUCGAAUGGAGCGACAAUAAGUGCGCGAAUCGAAAUGAUAAGACCUGUUCGGAAAGCCGUUGGCAUCCGUCGGCCACUUCCUUUUCCCAUCUUCCUGUCUUUCGGUAUCCCCAUGCCAGCCUCGACGCCCAUUUCGUCGUUAUCACCGUUUCAAGUUGCCCAACACCCAAAAAAAAAAACCAUUUUUUGUCACCCGAUCAUCACCCGCUUUGGCAGAAUCUAGCAGGUCUUUUAUGGAUCACCAGAACGUGUCAAAUUUUUUUUAGUUAGCGGUUGCGAAAGCAACAAAAUUGCCGAUUUCUUAGAUCAUGAAGGAGAAAAAAAGAAUGAACCUUCGUUUAUUUAGUUCGAGGUUCUAUUCUAACCAGGGAACGUUUUUUACCCCCCGGUUGAACUUUUGCUGAAACUUUGCUGAAGUGUACUUUAGGACCCCCUGAUUGCAGAUCAAGAAGAAAAUUUCUCGCAAUAGAUCUUGUUUCCGAGUUAUGGAGCUUCAAAGUGUGCAAAAUACGCAAAUUAGGCCAAAAAAGCGCUAUUUCGGGCUUUUGAAGUGUCCUAAAUCGAAAACGAGAUCUAUUGCGAGAAAUUUUCUUCCUGUUCUGGAAUCAGGGGGUCCUAAAGUACACUUCGGCAAAGUUUCAGCAAAAGUUCAACCGGGGGGUAAAAAACGUUCCCUAGUAAGUUCGAAGUUUGAAAAAACUUUCAUACAGUUCAUUUCUUUCCUCGCGAGACAAUAUUAAUGUAUCUUUGCAUUAUCACCCGAAUUAUGUGCGAAAAAAGAGGAUUUCUACCGUUUAUUAUUUCAAGCUAGCGGUGAAUGGAGUGUGAAUAUUUUGGAAAAUCAAAAAAUUAUAUUUGAAAGGUUUUUUUUUGAAGACUAAUUUUGAUGAACAGUUCAAAAUAUUAUGUUUCGUUUACUUCCUGAACUGCGCAAAAAAGUAUUAAAGAACAUGGCGAGCUUCAAAGAAAGAACUUCAGAAACACAAAAAUUUUAAGCACCAUUGUCUGAAAAAGGCUUGAAACUAAAAAAAAGUUCUGUUUUACUUCUCGAGACGCCGUUUCCUCAAAAAAGAAAGUUUCAGUCUUUGGUCUUUCAAUUGAAAGCUGUCGAACAAUCGAAAAGCGCAUUCAAAAGUCGGUGUGAAUGGAAAGUUGUUUGUGGAAACCAGCGACGUUUUUGAGGUCGAGUAGGGGCGGCGCCUUUUGAAAAAGCCGCGCGAAAUCCAUCAGAGGCCAUUAAUGUAUUCCGUUUUGUUAGAUUGAAGAAUCCGGAGCGGAGGACUAAUUCUGAAUGGUCGGAGGACCUGACAAAGAAACUUCUGACCUUUCAAACGGCAACCAAUUUUUUCCUCUGAUAAAUUGUCCUUUGUUGUUGGAACAUCUUUUGAAUUGGGAAGUUCUUGACGUUAAGGAGGAAGUCCUAAUGGGAACGAGUUUGUCAAUGCAGGAAGUUAUCGCCAGUCCUUUUUGGGCCUUUUUAGUGGGACUGUAUUUAGGAAGCUUGUGAACUUGAUAGCAGUGUUCUAUGUUCGAAGAUUUUGUUUCAUUACUUCACGACACACUGCUUGUCAGCUACAACUUCGCCACUAAACCGUAUCUGACAGAUUUCAUCCGAUUAAUCAUCACACGAAUCUCGACCUAAUCACGGUGUUGCAGCUAUGUGCUUGUCCGAUCGGAUCCCCUGCUCGCGGCUGUGAUCCGAUGCCGUUCAUCCUCUGGCACGACCUCAUCGUCAACGGCUGUCCCAAUGUCACUCUCAACAGCCGAGACCCCGCUCAGAAGGUCCAUCGUUGGUUCCGAAGGGUCAGUUCUCUUAGAUUCCAUCUCUACCGACCGAAGCACCUUUUUGAAAUUGCAGGUGAACCGAUUCACCAACACGGAUCAGUGUGAGCCCUACAUCUUCCCCUACUGUCCGGAGCUUGACUUCAACUUGUGGCGCUCGCCAAGGACCAAGCAGGAGUGCGAACUCUACUGCUAUUCAAUCGACGAGCAACGGAAACGCGGAAUUAUCUAA